AUCUGAGCCCGCUCCUGAUUGGUCCAUGUCCAAGAAUCCGCCAUAUUCAAACUUCCGCCGUGCUGUGCGCUCUGUUGUCAUCGACCGUCUUGCUUUCUUUGUACACAUCGGGGCCGGUUUUCACGCGUCUGGACUUUGCCUUUCGCUCGCCAGAAUCGUUAUAACUGAUCUCAAAACGAAACCUCUUGCAAAAAAUGGAAGAAAAUGAAGACGUGAGACGACGGACGGGGGGAAAGAAGAAGCCCAAACUCCGCAGGAUGUCAUCGAGGACGUCAAUGAGCGCCGCGGAGCCUUCUCCACUGUCUCUGCGGAGAAACAACUCCAAGAAACCUCCUCUGCAGAGAGGCAGCUCCUUCACCUUUCUCACUCCUGGGACUCCGUGGGACUUCAGUCUAAAGAGGAAGCGCAAAGAGAAGGAGGAUGACACCGUCAGUCUGUCCAGCUUCGACCUCAAGGAACCCAGUAACAAGCGUGUCCGACCUCUGGCUAAAGUUUCAUCCCUGGUCAACUUGAUGUCUCCUUCAAAGAAUGGAGCAGUGCGGCGCUUUGGUCAGACCAUUCAGUCAAUGUCAUCACGUGGUGACAGCAAGUCACCAGGGAUGUCCCUGAAAGCUGGCAGCAAGGCAGCAGGUCCCACUCCCACUAAACGCAGAAACAGCACGCUGUGGUCAGAGACACUGGAUGUCCAUCAGAAGAGCACGUUCUCCACCAAAGAGAUCAAGAGACAAGAGGCAAUUUAUGAGCUUUACAGGGGAGAGCAGGAUCUCAUCGAGGAUCUCCAACUUGCACGAAAGGCAUACCAUGAUCCGAUGCUAAAACUCUCCAUCAUAACAGAGGAGGAACUGGCUCACAUUUUUGGGGACCUGGAUGCAUACAUCCCCUUACAUGAGGACUUACUGAUGAAACUGACGGAGGGAACUGGCCCCGAUGGAACAGUCGCUCAGAUCGGACAGAUAGUUAUUGACUGGCUGCCUGGUCUGAACGCUUACAAAGGCUAUUGUAGCAACCAGCUCGCGGCCAAAGCCCUGCUGGACCAGAAAAAGCAGGACAAGCGGGUCCAGGACUUCCUGCAGCGCUGCCUGGAAUCGCCCUUCAGCAGGAAGCUGGAUCUGUGGAGCUUCCUGGACAUUCCACGAUCACGCCUGGUGAAAUACCCACUGCUGCUGCGAGAGAUCCUCAGACACACACCAACUGAUCACACAGACGUACCCAGUCUGGAGAGAGCUAUCACUAUAAUCCAGGAGAUUCUGUCUGACAUCAAUGUGAGAAAAGGGGAGUCUGAGUGUCAGUAUUAUAUAGACAAACUGGAGUAUCUGGAUGAUAAGCAGCGGGACCCUCUCAUAGAUAACUGUAAGAUCCUGCUUUGUCACGGCGAGCUGCGGAACAAAAAUGGCUCGAGGCUGCAUGUGUUCCUCUUCUCCGAGCUGUUGGUUAUGAGCCGACCGGUGACCCGCAACGACAGGAGCUGCUUCCAGGUGUAUCGACAACCCAUCCCAGUUCGGGAUUUGGCUCUAGAGGACCUGCAGGAUGGAGAGAUCCGCAUGGGGGGCUCCUUCAGAGGGGCUUUCACCAAUGGAGAGAAAGCUAAGAACCUUUUUCGUGUGCGCUCUCUGGAUCCCUCCCAUGGCCAGUCCCACACACUGCAUGCCAACGAUGUCUACCACAAGCAGCAGUGGCUCAACUGUCUACGCACUGCAAUGUCCCAACAACAGGGGGCUCCACCCAGAGUUCAGCAGGAAGAAGCUGUCAGAGCCAAGCGUCGCUCCUCCACGAUCUCAGUCAACAUCUCUGACGAGGAGACUGACGAGAACUGCCCGCCUCUCUCUGGCCCUAAACUCAGGCCUCAGAAGCUCUCCAAAACCAGACUGGACCAGAAGUUGCAAGGCUCGCUAAAGAGGAAGGAGACUGGAGUGUAGACAUUUGACCCGGCAGCAUGUUUCUCUCAGACAGACAGACAUCUCGUCAGUGAAUUUUCAUUCAACCACUGUUUUUAUGUUUUUGCUUCAUUGUUGUAGUUGCACUGAAAAGGUCUUUCCAAUCAUUUCCGUCCAAAUGUAUUGUCAAAUUUUAGUCUUUAAAAAGUGUAAUUAGUUUACAAAAAAAAAAACAAUGUGUGUCAGUGUUACUGGAAUGUAUGUUUAUACCAGCUUAUUGUGUGUGGAAUUAGGGUUUAACUUUAUACCACUUGUAGCUCUUUGAAUGUAGUUUCAACGUCUCUUCUGAUGUCAACACUUUAACUUUCUCUUUUUUUUUUUUUUUUUUUUUUUUAUAUAUGCUGCAAUCAAAAUGUCAAUUAUUCUAUAUUAUAGAUGUAUGCUUUUGUAAGUGCUCUCUGUGCAAUGAUAAGGGAUCAAACUGAGACACUGUGAUGUCUUCAGCUGUCUGUGCAGGAAGCCAUUGGUUGAAAGAAGUGUAAAAAUGUUCGACAUGAGAUAAGAUAAUGAGUAGAACACGAGUAAGAACACUGAUCAUGAAUAUGAUAAAGUACAACAUUUCUUGGAAAAACUCGAUGUAUUUAGAGAAAAGUUGUGAAAUGGAAAAAGAUAAAAACAUUUAGUUUUUACUUGUCCUGAGUAUAAUAAACUAGAGAUAUUCACAAUGCUCCAAAAAUACAUUUUGUUAUACUUUUAGUUCAUACUGCAGCUGCCCUUACAAAAGAUGCACUGUUGUAUUAAGAAUGCAUUCAGUUGGAACAUACUAUUUGGUCAUGACAUUGCACCUUGAACUUUGACGCUCUCACUCAUAAAACAGCUCUGCAGAGGAUCGUGGGUCAGAAAUGUCAGAAAAGCAUGCUGGCUUGCCUGCCUGCCUGCCAAAUUUGAAAAGAUUCCUUUUUUGGCACACUGGAUGUACCAUGUAUUGGGUUAAUCUUAAUAUUUUUCUGGCAUACUAAAUAGUAUGGUGGUAUGUGUAUUGGAACGCACAAACAUCCUGUCAGUUGUACUUUGACCCCUCACUCCUCUUUUACUGUUGACAGAGCUGUUAAACAAUGUGUUGCAACAUUUGUCAAGAAACAGUAGCUAAGAAAAAUUCUUAAGGGUGCUCCUUUUCUCUUAAUGUUUUGAAAUCUUACAUAUCUGUCAUGUAGUUUUGUUAAUUUUUCAUUUCAGAAUGAUACCGUUGUAAAGGCCAUUUGAUAUAAUGUCUAAAA